CAACCUCACCGCUCCCUCAGAUUCUGGGCCUUCGCAGCAGCUUGGAGCUCAGGAUGACCAAUCAUGAGGCCUUGGCAAUUGUCUUCCAGCUGGAGCAUGUCUUCUCCGCUCCGAUUGGGCGCGAGACUAUGCUGUCUGCCACUUCCUCAUCCCGAGCAGCCUUCUUGCAGUGCCUGCGUUGGGGGAUUUUUUUUCCCUUCCAGCAGCCAGCUGACUGGAGGGGGGAAGAGAUACAGCUUGUUCUGCAAGGAGAUGCAAAGUCAAACCCUUACGGAGUCAUGGUCUACAGCACGGAGAUGUCUGCCAAGACUCAGAGCGCGGUGCCACUCUCAGCUCCAGGCACAGCUCAGGUGAAAGAUACCUUAACUUUUCGCCUGUCGUCUGGUCUGGAAAGGAAGGCAUCCAGCCCCAAGGUGUCUCUGAAGUCGAAGCAGGAAGACAUGUCACAUGAGAGGAGAUUACCCGUAUCACCCUCACAUGGUCAAAAACUCCUCACAACAGCUUCUCCACCAGAGUCUCCUCAAGGCCCAAAGCUCUCCCUGUCUCAGCUGGCAGCUCCACCACGCUACCCGACCAUCAGCCACUCCAGCUCGGCGUUGCCGUGGCAACAGUCGUUUCCUUCUCUGCUCCAGCCUUCCCUGUUGGCAUCAGCCCACCAGCUGUCACAUGUCGCCUGCUCAGCUGUCAGCAACAUUGCCCACCUGGAGAUGGACCUUCAGCGGGAGGGAGAUGUGUCAGCUUCAGCUCAGGGUGAAGGAGACCAACUUGAGGAGCUACCUUUCACCCCUGUCCACGCCCCUGUCAUCACUCUGGGGAUGACUCUGCCCAGUUCCUCCUCAGUCAGCUCCAGGAGCUCCCUCGCCCACCUCUACUCCGCUGGCUUCCCGGAGAUUCUGGACAACAGCGGGCAGGUGGCGGAGGUCCUGGAUCCCACAGAGCCGGUGCCCUUUGACCCCCAGCGUGAAGAGGCUGACCUUCUACAAGGAAACCUGCUGGUGUUACAGUUUCUGGCGUUUACCAGGAUACAAACGCCGGGUGUUGGUCCUGAUUGGCCGGACAACAUCCACUUCACCUUCCAGUUCUAUCGCUUCCCACCGGUCACAUCGCAGAAGCUCAAACUGCUGAAGAGUGACAAGGUUCAACAGAAACGUUGCGAUCAACUUCCCUGUGUCGUGGCCUCCAUCAACAGAGAUGGAACUGUCAACUCUGGCUCUCCAGGUCUGCAGGUGCAGUUCAGAGUAGAUGAUGGUUUCCUGAGGCCAGGAGAGAAGCGCUGGUUCCUUCGCUACCUGGCCCUCCAAACCAUGCACAUCGACAUCUGGGACAGCGACUCACUGCUCCUCAUAGGAUCUACUGCCAUCGAGCUUAAGUAUAUGUUGCGUCAGGGUAAGUCAGCAGUGCAGGCGCUUCACGAGGUGGAGGUGCUGACCACAGAUUAUGUGGGAGACGACGCCCUGCUGAUGAGUGCGAGUCUGGGCCAACACUCAGCCUCCAGCCCCAUGACCAUCCGCACCAUUGUCAGGGGCCGUCUGCACAUACGCACAGGCAACACUGGGUGUCCAGUAGAUCCCAACUUGAGGAGGGCAGGGGACGUGAUGCCGUCUCCUUCCCACAUCAUCACACCUCGCCAAGUCACCAGUGGCUUCAGAGGAGGGAGCCUGUCGUCCAGAAACAUCCUCCAACUCAACGCGAGGAACGCCGCACAGGCGCACAGACUUGAGAUGGAUGGGGCUCACGUGCCGUUGUACAGACACAGGAUCAGACCUGACAGCGUCAUGACAGCGGAGCUCAACCUAAACGAGCCCGACGGUGUGCGCCGCAAGUUGGACUGCAUGGCCGCCGUGCGUCAGCGAGAGGCCAGGGAAGGUGUACAAGCAGCUAAUGUCACGACCUCGGAGGCCCCCCUGUCCAGAGAACUUCAACAGAUCCAACUCAGUGAAGAGAGCAGCAGGUCGGACGGCAUCGCCAACAUGCUGGGCCAGGCCAUUACCACCCAGCACCUCCUGUAUGCCAGCCUGGGCUGCGCCGAGUACAUGGAGUUUGUCCUUAAAAAUCCUUUUAAUGUACCUCAGAGCGUCACCAUCCAGAGUGAUGACCCUGAUCUCAGUGUCAUCACCAACACAGAUGAAUGGCGAUACUUCAAAGCACUAACCCAAACUCCCACUCCGCUGGAGGAGAACAUGUUCCAGUGGGAGCAGGGUGCUCCGGGUCCUAGGGUUUACCUCCGGCCCAAGGAGAGCAUCCAUAUUCCCCUGAAGUACCAGUGCUUCCUCUGUGAUCACACCAUGGCCCCUCAGGGCCGGAGCUUCUUACCUACAGGCAAGGGCUCUCAGAUGGCAAAGAAGAAUCAGUCCAACAUUGUUGCUGCCAAAACUAUCAAGGUUACUUUCAAAGCAAACGACGGCAAACCGAUGGCCAUCUGCCAGGUGAACGUGGAACCGACGCCCCACGUCGUCAACCAGACAUUCCGACUCUACCACCCUGAGCUCUGUUUCCUGAAGAAGGCCAUCCGCUUGUCCCCCUGGCACGACCCCACAGUCGAGGACCCAGAUGCCAGAACCAACAUUUCUGUUCGCUGCAGUGACCCUAACAUCGUCUGCCAGACGAGGAUGCUGGUGCCAGGGGAGCCUCAGGAUGUGUACUUGAAAGUGCCAGGGAGUCCCAGUCCUCACAUAAAGAUGUUCUUUGUGAUGGUUUUCACUGAGAAGUGGAUGGCGGCGCCCUCGCAGAUGUGGCAGAUUUACAUACAUUUCUUGGAGCGGGUGGAUGUGAGCUGUGUGACUGGCCAGCGGACCUGUCAAUCACUAGUGCUGAGGGGAAGACAGACUGUUCGCAAGGUCAAAUGCUUCUCAUCCCACCCCAUGGACAUUCAGGUGGAUCCAGAGGGUGUAUUCGUCCUGCCGCCCUCAGCGGUGCAGGAGCUCCAGCUGAAGGUGCAGCUGUGGCGGGCCGGCAGCCGCUUCCUGUACGUGAACGCUGUGGACGUGGAGAACCAGCGGCUCAUCACCGCCUGGCUGCUCUGUCUCAAUGUCCAUCAGCCUGUGGUGUCAAAGGCAUUUGAAGUGUGUGUCCCGGUUGGUGGAGGGCGUGGUAGCUCCAAAAAAAUCACCUACAUCAACCCGUACACCAGCGGCCGCAAGUUCCUGCUCCGCUCGGACCAUCCGGACCUGCUCCAGUUCAAAGAGGAUAAAUUCCAGGUCAGUGGAGGGGAGAGUUACACCAUCGGUCUGAGAUUCGCCUCCAGCCAGAGUCCCGGCUCAGUGAAGAUCUACGUCUACGUGAACAACCUGGAGGAGAAGACGGAGGAGACCUUCGUUGUGAAUGUCAACUACUCAUGAACUUCUCCACUCACAGAAAUGUGCUGUAAUUUUUCUACUCCACUUUAAGUUUGAUUUCUUAUUUGAACAGAUUUCAGAGUA